GCGGGUGGGAGAGGCUCAUUUGAACCAAACUGCCGGCGCGGGUCGCCGCCGCAGCCCCGCAGUCCCGGGGCUCCCGAGGGCGCUGUUUCAGGCCCCAGCCACAGGUGCCCGAGGUGCUGCGGCUGCAGCGUCUCUGUCCCCAAAGCCCCGGGGAACCUCCGCCCUCUGGGGUGAGGGAGGACUCGCGGGAGCCAGUGAAAGGAGCGCCCGAGGGGCCGCAGACGCUCCCAAACGGGCCUCGGUAAAAGUCUCGUCGCUUCGGAGGCGAUUCGGAGCCGUCUCCACCCCUCUCCCUUUAGACGAUGCUUAAGGUACAAGGAAAACCAUUUCCUGGGACAUCUGAAUUGUAAUUCAAGCUUGAGUUACUGACGACAGUGAAGGGGCAGACAUGCUUAACUCCGCCAGUGAAGUGGAGUUUUCGGAAGAAAAAACUACCGAGGAGAUCUCCCAACUCUCUUCUCUGGCACUGUCAGGGGACACAGCGUACAGCGAAAAAACCUCAACUGGUUUGCGCGAAAAAACUGGCUAUCCGGACUCCGUUUACAUUAUGGCAGCGAACAUUUUUCAGGGCAUUCGAUUCGAAAAGUCACCAGAGAAAGUCUUAAUAAAAUAUGGGAAUGAGCCCCUGCCGUCCUCCACCGAGUCUGAGGAUGAAUCCUUUCAGCGUUUGUCCUAUGAGCUGGCUUUCAGUGCCCUGAAGUUUCAAGAUAUUUUGGAAACUAUAUUAAUAGACAGCUGUAUCUUCCCAAGCACCACAAUACCAGAUCAUUUGAACAGUCUUAUCAUUGUGAUGCUGUAUGAUUUCCAAGAUAGAAAAUUUCAAGCUCGUCUCCUUUCUGAUAAUGAAGAGUCUAUAGCGGAAGUUCUAGAAGUAGAGAACCUUCUUAACAGAUCUGCCUUCUCUGCUUCUCUAGUCUACAUGGAGAAAGCCCUACUAUUGCACUCCAGUUUUAAGACAAAAUUGGCUGCGGCAUUGGCAAGAUGUCGAAUCAAACAUGAUGCCCUUUCAAUUUACCACAUUCUUCCAGAAACAGUUAGGAACCAGGAACUAAGGGCCUCCACUUUGCCACUUUAUGCUUGGAUAAAUACUUGUAAAAUCAGCCCUGAAGAAGUUUAUCAUAGUUUGAAGAAAAAAGGCUAUAAUAAAGUCAAAUCUGUGUUGCAUAUUGAUAAUAAAGUCUUUGCUGUGGAUCAACAUUGCUAUGAUGUCUUAAUUUUUCCAUCUCAUCUUAAAAGUGAUCUUCUAAAUAUAGAUCUUUUCAAAGAUUAUAAACUUGUAUUUCAGGACAAAUCUCGAAGUCUCGCUGUCCAUUCUGUAAAGGCUUUAUUAAAUAUGGAUGAUGAUAUCUUAAUGGUCAAUUCAGGUUCGUGGUACACAGUUGCCCAUAUGUCAAUCUUAACAAAUAAUAAUACCUCAAAAAUAUUUGUGUGUGGAGUACAAUCACAAGCUAAGGAUCCUGACCUGAAGAACCUUUUCACAAAAAUGGGAUGUAAAAAUAUUGAAAUACUUCAUGAGACAUUUAUUAACCUUGAAUCAAAGGAUCAUAGGUUACAGAAAGUUAAAGUGAUUCUGCUGCUACCUCGUUGUUCAGGACUGGGUGUUAGCAAUCCAGUAGAAUUUAUUUUAAAUGAGCAUGAAGAUACAGGUUUACUUAAAGAUUUCUCUCAAGGAGGCCCGUCAGAAGAUAAACUUCAUAUUCUUGCUCAACAGCAAUAUGAACAGCUAACACAUGCAAUGAAAUUUACUAGAGCUCAAGCAGUUGUUUACUGCACAUGUUCAGUUUAUCCAGAAGAAAAUGAAGCUGUUGUUAAGAAAGCACUGGAAUUUCAAGACCACGGGCCUAAAGUACAAUCUUAUAGGCUUAGUCCCCCUGUCCUUCCACUGUGCUCCUUAAAGGAAAUACAUUUGUCCACUGACAAAUUUUUCAGAAUGGAACCAUCUGAAAUUACCAAUGGUUGUUUUCUUUCUGUUCUCACAAGGGAGCGGGACCCAUCUGAGACAGUGUCUGUGAAAGAUGUUUUGGCCCGUGCUGCAGCAAAGGGUCUACUGGAUGGGAUCGAGUUGGGCAAACCUUCAAAACGGGAGAAGAAGAAGAAAAAAUCAAAAAUGUCAUUGCCAAAAUCUUCCACUUCUGAUAGUAGCAGCAUCCAGAUGAAAAUUGCUGAGUUCCUGAGUCAAGAAACUAACGCAAGUGCUCAUCAGUCAGAGACAUUAACAACAAAAACAUCUCUUCCACAGAAGAAUACAAAUCAAGUGGGUUCUUCCUCACAGGUCAGAAAAUCCAACAAGCCCACCACCAAUCCUUUAGUGCCUACAUUUAUGAAGAACACAUCUCCCUCCAGACCAUACGAACGGCUGACAAACUUUGUAAGACCUCGCCCAGAAGACAGAAUGAUUGCACUGAAACCCAUAGAGAUUGUUUUGCCUCCAGUAAUGUUGCCAUUUUCUAGUCCCCAAGGGAUCAGAUCUCAGAUACCAACUCAACAUUUUUACUGUCGUUGGGUUGGGCCCAAGACUGUCAUGCCUGGCUAUCUUCCCACACCAUCAAUACCAAGAAGAGGGAAAAAACCUAAAGAAAACUUACCUUCCUCUCUACCCAGGCAUCCUCGACCAUGGCUUUGACUGUCUUGUGUUUUUUACAGGGGUCAAGAGUAGUAGAUUUUUUUUUUCAAAGUCUGAUAUUUCUCUGAAGGUUAGACAUCCCUACACAAAAUACUCAUCCUUUUGGUCACUUAGUAUCUUCUAAAUGUGAUUAUUACCUUCAAGUGAAUUAAGACAAAUGAGAAUAAUAUAGGUGAGUUAAGCAAAGCAGAAUUCAGAGAGUUCAGUAGCUGGGUGCUGAUCUGUUUUAGAAUGUCCAGUUGUAGACUCGGUAUCGGCUGUUAGAACUUGUCUCACUCUUGUUAACUUUCUGUCUGGACUUAGGACACUGGUUUUAAAGCUGCAACAAUUUUUCCUGAAGGGAAACACCGUGUGCCUUAGAACAGACUUCUUUUCAAAGUUAACUUGUGAGGCAGUUUAUUAGAAAGCGUAGGUUUGGAAAAGAUGCUCUUGCACGGACUAUAGAUUGCUCUUCAGUAUCGAGUCAGCUGUAGUUUAACAUUUUCAAUCACUAUCGAGGUUGAUUUUUUUUUCUUAAACAUCAAAAUAGGAGAUGUUAUGAGCUUUUGUAAUGUGACUGAGGUUGAGUAUGAGUAGGAAGAACAGGAAAGUCCAAAGUUCUAGGUGUGAGGAGUAGUUCAGCUGUCCAUUCACAGAGUGAAAACUGUUUCUCACUGGAAGAACCUCAAGGAUCCUGAGCAGACUGAACAUAAGCUCUCCCUUUUAACUAUUUAUGCCAAAUACUGUUGUAAAAAAAGUGACUGUAAGCAAAUUUCCAUCUAAAUAGUAAUUCUGAGGAAGAGGCCAAACUGUUGAAUACAAGUGACACCCCUAUUGUUGAAGAAAUCUAUACAAAUUUAUGAUUCAAAGAUCAGGUGAGAUGAUGGUCAUUUCAAGUGGCACACAGUAAUCAAACUUUGGUAAGUCAUUUCUGAUGCUCAAUUAAAAUAUAUUGUAGCACUAUUUUAAUUAUAUUAAAAGUCAGUUCAUCUUGACUGUAUUAUCAGUUGCCUUCCAAGAAUUGGUUAUGAUUAUCAUUUCUGGGUCUACUGAUUUUUUUUUCAUCAUGGCAACAGAAAGUGACAUUAAAUCAAAUAUGUUACUACUAUAAAUCCUACUGUUU